AAUUUUUCUGUUGCUAAAAAUUAACCAACUCGUUUUUGGAGGUCAACUAGUAAGCGUAAUCAAAACAUCUCACACAACACACAAUAACUAUGCCGAAAGUACCGACUAAAAAGAUUAAGAAGAAUUCUGCUCCACCGGAUGGAUACAAUAAAAUCAAGCCUACAUUAGAUAAGUUAAUUAUUAAAUUAAGGCAAGCACAAACUGAAGAUGAUAAAACGGCUACAAAGAAACAAUCAUUAUGGAAGAUAUAUCAAAUUAAUCAUCAAAUAUCAAGAUAUGUAUAUGAGAUGUAUUAUAAGAGGAAACUAAUCAGUAAAGAUCUUUAUGAUUGGCUUUUACUUCAAAAUUAUGUAAAUGCAGAUUUAAUCGCUAAAUGGAAGAAACAAGGUUAUGAAAAUUUAUGUUGUGUACAAUGUAUUAUGGUAUCAGAUAAGAAUCAUAAAAGUACGUGCGUGUGUAGAGUACCAAAGGAUAAGUUAAUAGAAAAUGGUGAAGACGAAGACAAAAUCACUAAUUUACAAUGUAUUACGUGCGGAUGUAAAGGGUGCGCUAGUACAGAUUAAUAAGCUUUUAAAUAAUACAAUUACAAUAUAGAAGGGAAUAUAGAAUAAUAUAUAAAAUAAGAAUGACAUCCAUUGUCAUAGAAAAAAGACUUUACCAAACGGUAUAACAAAACAAGAGAAACAAAACAAGUA